CCGGCCGCUGGGGAAGUCACUCCGAGCGGCUGCUUUCCGGGUGCCCCAACACGGACAGGGAGCGCCGCGCUCAGCUCGUUUUGCGCCAGAGCCAUGCCCCGCAGCCGCGUGUAACCUCCGAGCUUCGACCGCCGCGAGCCCACCUCGUGCACCGUCCCUCGCCCGAGCCGAGCUUUCUGUGCACGCAACUCCCUCGGCCCCCGCCGCCCCGCACAACCAUGCCCCGGGCGACUGCCUUUGGGGCCCCGGUGUCACUGCUGCUGCCGCCCCUGCUGCUGCUGCUGUUGCCGCUGCCCCGCGGCACUGGGGGGCUGGAGGAGCGCUUGGACGUCGCCUCGGACUAUUCGGCUCUGGAAGGCGAGGAGGGCGCGGAGCAGCAGCUGGAACAUUACCACGACCCUUGCAAAGCCGCUGUCUUCUGGGGAGACAUUGCUUUGGAUGAAGAUGAUCUGAAGUUAUUUCACAUCAACAAGGCCCAAGACUGGACCAAGCCGUCGGUGGAGGAGUCGGGUCACAGCACGGGUGGCCUUGAAGAGCAGCCAUCUGAGAGCUGGCCAAAUGCUACCGCCUUGAAUACCAGCAGCCAGGAAGCUAGAAAGGAUGGCAAGGAGGACAUAAUGCUUCUGCACAGCCCUGGGACCUUGGAUGCCACAGCCAAGACCUUCUCUGCCCGGGUCCGAAGAGCCACAACUUCAAGAACAGAGAGGAUAUGGCCUGGAGGCGUCAUCCCCUAUGUCAUCGGAGGGAACUUCACUGGCAGCCAGAGGGCCAUUUUUAAGCAGGCCAUGAGACACUGGGAAAAGCACACCUGUGUGACCUUCAUAGAGAGGACGGACGAGGAAAGCUUUAUCGUUUUCAGUUACAGGAACUGUGGCUGUUGUUCCUACGUUGGGCGUCGAGGAGGGGGACCCCAGGCCAUAUCCAUUGGCAAAAACUGUGACAAGUUUGGCAUCGUGGCUCACGAGCUGGGCCAUGUGGUUGGUUUCUGGCAUGAGCACACCCGGCCAGACAGAGAUCAGCAUGUCACCAUCAUCAGAGAAAACAUCCAGCCAGGUCAGGAGUAUAAUUUCUUAAAAAUGGAAGCUGGGGAAGUAAGCUCUCUGGGAGAGACCUACGACUUUGACAGCAUCAUGCACUACGCCCGGAACACCUUCUCAAGAGGAGUUUUCUUAGACACCAUCCUUCCCCGUCGGGAUGACAAUGGCGUCAGGCCCACCAUUGGCCAGCGUGUGCGUCUCAGUCAGGGAGACAUAGCUCAAGCCCGGAAGCUGUACAAAUGCCCAGCAUGCGGGGAGACCCUGCAGGACACAACAGGAAACUUUUCUGCACCUGGUUUCCCAAAUGGCUACCCUUCUUACUCUCACUGCGUCUGGAGAAUCUCUGUCACUCCAGGGGAAAAGAUCAUCCUGAACUUCACAUCCAUGGAUUUGUUUAAGAGCCGCCUGUGCUGGUAUGAUUACGUGGAGGUCCGGGAUGGUUACUGGAGAAAAGCCCCCCUCUUGGGUAGGUUUUGUGGCGAUAAAGUCCCAGAGCCCGUGGUCUCCACCGACAGCCGGCUCUGGGUAGAGUUCCGCAGCAGCAGCAACAUCCUGGGCAAAGGCUUCUUCGCAGUGUAUGAAGCUACCUGUGGAGGAGACAUUAACAAAGAUGCCGGCCAGAUUCAAUCUCCCAACUACCCAGAUGACUACAGGCCUUCCAAGGAAUGUGUGUGGAGGAUUAUGGUUUCCGAGGGGUUCCACGUGGGACUUACCUUCCAAGCUUUUGAGAUUGAAAGGCAUGACAGCUGCGCCUACGACUACCUGGAGAUCCGGGAUGGCCCCACGGAAGAGAGCGCCCUGAUUGGCCACUUCUGUGGCUACGAGAAGCCUGAGGAUGUGAAAUCGAGCUCCAAUAGACUGUGGAUGAAGUUCGUGUCCGAUGGUUCCAUCAACAAGGCGGGGUUUGCGGCCAAUUUUUUCAAGGAGGUGGAUGAAUGCUCCAGGCCAGAACAUGGCGGGUGUGAGCAGCGCUGUGUGAACACGCUGGGCAGCUACAAGUGCGCCUGCGACCCCGGCUAUGAGCUGGCCACCGACAAGAAGACAUGUGAAGUGGCCUGUGGCGGUUUCAUUACCAAGCUGAACGGAACCAUCACCAGCCCUGGGUGGCCCAAGGAGUAUCCCACAAAUAAAAACUGUGUCUGGCAGGUGGUGGCCCCUGUUCAGUACCGCAUCUCCCUGCAGUUCGAAGUGUUUGAACUGGAAGGCAAUGACGUUUGCAAGUACGACUUUGUGGAGGUACGCAGUGGCCUAUCCUCUGACGCCAGGCUGCAUGGCAAGUUCUGUGGCUCAGAGACCCCCGAGGUCAUCACCUCGCAGAGCAACAACAUGCGCGUGGAGUUCAAGUCUGACAACACCGUCUCCAAACGCGGCUUCAGGGCCCACUUCUUCUCAGACAAGGAUGAGUGCGCCAAGGACAAUGGUGGCUGCCAGCAUGAGUGUGUCAACACGUUUGGGAGCUACCUGUGCAGAUGCAGGAGCGGCUACCGGCUGCAUGAGAAUGGACACGACUGUAAAGAGGCUGGCUGUGCGCACAAGAUCAGCAGUGCAGAGGGGACCCUGGCAAGCCCCAACUGGCCUGAUAAAUACCCCAGCCGGAGGGAGUGUACCUGGAACAUCUCUUCAACCGCAGGCCACAGGGUGAAACUCACAUUCAAUGAGUUUGAGAUCGAGCAGCACCAGGAAUGUGCCUAUGACCACUUGGAGAUGUACGAUGGGCCCGACACCCUGGCCCCCCUCCUUGGCCGGUUCUGCGGCAGCAAAAAACCAGACCCCGUGGUGGCUUCGGGAAGCAGCCUGUUUCUCAGGUUUUAUUCAGAUGCCUCCGUGCAGAGGAAAGGCUUCCAGGCAGCAUACAGCACAGAGUGUGGCGGCAGGCUGAAGGCCGAAGUGCAGACCAAAGAGCUGUAUUCCCAUGCCCAGUUUGGGGACAACAACUACCCAAGCCAGGUCCACUGUGACUGGGUGAUAGUGGCAGAGGACGGCUACGGUGUGGAGCUGAUAUUCCGGACCUUUGAGGUGGAGGAGGAGGCCGACUGUGGCUAUGACUACAUGGAGGCCUACGACGGCUAUGACAGCUCAGCACCCAGGCUCGGCCGCUUCUGUGGCUCAGGGCCACUGGAAGAGAUCUACUCUGCAGGGGAUUCCCUGAUGAUUCGCUUCCACACGGAUGACACCAUCAACAAGAAAGGCUUUCAUGCUCGAUAUACCAGCACCAAGUUCCAGGAUGCCCUGCACAUGAAGAAAUAACGCCCACGUCCUCGAAAGAUAGGAACUGAGAAUGUUCUUACAACAGCAGCACCUGGCAAAUCAGCCCUGAAA